AUGGCUUCUGAUGCUGUCGGUGCUGCUGGUGCUGUUGGUGCUGCUGGAGCUGCUGGUAAAUCUAGUGGUUCUGAAGGUUCAGGUGGUUCUGACGUGAAAGAAAAGAAAAAAGGUCGCUUUUCCAAAAUCAAAGAAAAAUUCGGAGGUAACAAAAAAGCAAAUGGUGCUAAUGGUUCUGGUGGUUCUAUGAAAUCUGGUGGUUCUAAAGGUGCUAUGGGUCCUGAUGGUCAAGGCAAAAAACAAGGUUUCCUUUCCAAAGUGCGUCAAAAAUUCGGAGGUGGUAAUAAAGCGAAUGGUCCUAAUGGCCCUAUGGGUGCAGGUGGUCCUGGUGGGGGUCAUAUGGGUCCUAGUGCUCCUGGUGCUCAAGGCAAACAACCAGGCUUCUUUGCCAGAAUGCGUCAAAGAUUUGGAGGUGGUCGUGGUGGCAUGGGUCCUGGUGGUCAAGGCGGACGUCCAGGUUUCUUUGGCAGAUUGCGUCAAAGAUUUAGAGGUGGUCCUCGUGGUGGCAUGGGUCCAGGUGGUCAAGGCGGACGACCAGGUUUAUUUGGCAGAAUGCGUCAAAGAUUUAAAGGUGGCAGAAGAUCAAAAGGUUCAUUUGGCAGUUUUCGUAGUAAAUUCAAAGGUGGUAGUAGUAAACUUGGCAGUUUUAAAGGUUUUGGUAGUAGUAGUAAAUUUGGCGGUUUUAAGCUUGGUGGAAAAGGUCUCGGAGCUCCUAAAACUUCCUUCUUUGGAAAUCUUUUUAAAGGCUUUAAAGGUUUUAAAUUACCAAGAUUUGGACGUUAA